AUGCCACACGCGACAAAUAUGCCCUACGCCGGCUUCCAGGCCUUCAUCCUGUGCGGGCCCGGCCUGUCACUCAACACCUUCACCUCGAAUGUCGCAGACUACCCCAAGGCGCUCGUGCCAAUCGCCAACCGUCCCAUGGUAUGGUACGCUCUGGACUGGUGUUACCGCAUGGGCGUCACAAACAUCACCCUCGUCACACCGCCCGAAAGCGCUGCUCCUCUGGAAUCCGCCCUCGCUCAAAAUCCUCACCUCACAAGCCUUCCCGUCCCAAGGCCUGAGCUACUCUGUCCCAAAUCCUUGACCCAAACCACCGGAACCGCCGAGAUCUUCCGCACCCCCGAGGUCCAAAAAGCCAUUGUCUCGGACUUCAUCGUUCUACCCUGCGACUUGAUAUGCGACCUGGAGGGCUCCGCGCUGUUACAGUCUUGGAUGGUGCUCGAGGCUGGUCUCGGCGGUGCCACUGGUGGUAUAAUCGACGGCCAGUCUGUUCCCAUGACCAUGGGUGGUGAAAAGAGCGGUCGCAGAGGAGGUUUGGCCGUGUGGUACCCUACGAAAGGCCUCGAAGGCGUUAGCCAGAAAGGCGACGAGACGGAUUUGGUCGCAACAACCCCUCUACCACGUCCUGCAGUCCCCGCCCCCGAGGGGCACCUCGGUCCUUAUGUCGAGAAACUUGUUUUGAGCAUUCCCACAAGCACAGUCAAGGACAUUACAGAAGAGCAGAAGAGCUUCCCUCUGCGCCACGCCCUGCUUCGCCAACACGGAAAGAUCAAGAUCAAGACGUCACACAGAGACGCCCAUGUCUACUUCCUGCCUUUUUGGGUCAAGGAUAUGAUCAAGGAGAACGAAGAGUUCGAUUCGCUAUCCGAGGAUGUCAUCGGCUGGUGGGCAAAGGCCGGUUGGCAACAGGGUCUGGCCGAGAAGCUGAACCUGCGCAAGGUCUUGAGCGACGCACCCUCAGCACAAGACGCCGACGAUUUGAUGAUGGCGAGCAGCAUGCAGCUUGACGAAGAGGUCGAUUUGGCUGCCAUGAGCACAACAUCAAUGUCCCAGCCCACACCAUCAUCCCUCACACCUUCGCCAGACACUUUCGCAUCACGCGUGCCGGGAAACCUCCAAACAGACAACGAGCCACAAGCUCCCCUGGUAGUGCCUCCUAUUCUGGCGUACGUCCAGCCGCCUCUCACCGAUCCUACCAACCAGCCUCUUAUCCGCCGUGUCGACACCUCAUCCCUUCUUCUCAGCAUCUCCCUGCGCCUAGCCAAAUUACCCUCUGUCGCAGAAGCUACAGCCACUGGCGCUACGCCAUCACCCUUCGCACAUGCUGCAAAGGUUGCACAUCCAGACAUGAUCCAGCAACAAACACGAGUCAGCGAGGUUGAUUCACUGGUCGCCGAGAACGUGACGAUAGGCAGUAGAGUCAACAUCAAGGAGUCCGUCAUUGGUGUUGGCUGCAGCAUUGGAAGUGGCGCAAGAUUGACCAGGUGUCUGCUCAUGGAAGGUUGCACAGUUGGCGAGAACGUCACACUCACCGGUUGCAUUCUAGGCAAGAGAAGUAAAAUCGAGGGAGGUGGUCCCAAGGACGAGGACAAAACGCGCCUGACUGAAUGUGAGGUUCAACCUGGUUAUGUGGUCAAGUGGGGAACUGAAAUCAAAAACGAAAAGUUCAUGGUGUUUGAAGGUCUGGGUGAGGACGAUGGAGAUUUGGACAUGCACGACGAAGAUAUGGCAUCUGGAGAUGACGACGCUACGUUUGCAUAG